UUUUAGUAACCAUGAAAAACAUUCACCUUUUGAUCCUUGCAAUAGAGUGAAACACCUCCAGAAAAUCACAAAAAUGGAAAAAAUUAUUCUUCUUGUUUUACUUGGCGCUGCCGCUGUUAUUACACAAACAUGUGGUCCAAACCAAGCCUGGGACGAUUGCGGAUCUGCUUGCCGACCAUACUGUAAUAAACCAUCUGGUGAAACUUGCACCACGGAAUGCGUGGAAGAUUGCUUCUGCGAUGAAGCUAAUGGUUACACCAAGAGAGCAAUAGAUGCGGAAGAUGACGAUUGCAUUCUUAUAUCUGAAUGCCCUACUUGUGGUGCCAAUGAAAUAUAUAAAAUGUGUGGAACUGCCUGUCAAGAUUAUUGUGGAAAACCAGAAGGUACUGCGUGUACAGAACAAUGCGUGCAAGGAUGUUUCUGUAAAGAUGGAUUUGUACGUACAAUUGAUAAUAACAGUUCUGCUUGUAUCCUUGAAGCAAGUUGCCCUUAAGAGUUAAAUAUCUUAUA